GAAAGGCGCGAGAAUGAGCCCGUCAUGAGCCCCACAUUAUGGAAAUACGGUGCACGAGCGUGUGCCAGUUAAACCGCAGUGCCGUGCGAACCCGCUCUACAGCAGCAAGGAGAGAGCGAGUGGCGGGCGCGUUCGGACGGUAGAUGGCGGUAACCCGUGAAACCUGAACCGCCACCACCACCACCACCACCACCUCCACCACCGUCGUCCACGGGCGCUCUCUCAGUUUGCAGCAUUCACAGCGGAGGGCGGCAAAGGGGAAAGGAAGCGGAGCAGUUUGUGAAGGACAUCAGAUGAAACAGGAGAGCUCGCGGCGGGUCCUCUCGAGUCGUGCACGUGCCCCGCUGUCCUCGCGACCAGGAGGAGACGGUGCAUUUUUGUAAGAAAAAAAAAAGCAAAAAAAAAAGAAAGGAGAGAGGAACGACAGCAGAAGACAGAGGGGAUAACCAUGGAGGAGAAAUCAAAUUCGUUCUCCAGCGCUAACAAGGAAGGCGAGAAGGCGGACGGGAAUAAUGUGUUUCAACGGCAGGACUCGAUACAGAAGAACAAUAUGGGGAGCCAGAGCUUAAAGGAGAACAGCGGCAACUCCGUGGGCUUCAAGGGGGAGCGGGAGGAGGCCAUGGUGGGGUUCGACGACCUGGACGCGGCGGCCAGACAGAACACCUUCAUGCAGCGGCAGUUCGGGGCGAUGAUGCAGCCCGGAGUCAAUAAGUUCUCGUUGCGGAUGUUCGGCAGUCAGAAAGCCGUAGAGAAGGAGCAGGAGCGGGUCCAGACCGCCGGAUACUGGAUCAUUCAUCCCUAUAGCGAUUUUAGGUUCUACUGGGACCUGAUCAUGCUCAUCAUGAUGAUGGGCAACCUGAUCAUCAUCCCGGUGGGCAUCACCUUCUUCUCGGAGCAGACCACCACCACGUGGCUGGUGUUCAACGUGGCCUCGGACACCAUCUUCCUGGUGGACCUGGUCAUGAACUUUAGGACGGGCAUCGUGAACGAGGAGAGCUCGGAGAUCAUCCUGGACCCCAAGGUCAUCAAGAUGAACUACCUGAAGAGCUGGUUCGUGGUGGACUUCCUCUCCUCCAUCCCCGUGGAUUAUAUCUUCCUGAUCGUGGAGAAGGGCUUUGACUCGGAGGUGUACAAGACGGCCCGGGCGCUGCGCAUCGUCCGCUUCACCAAGAUCCUCAGCCUGCUGCGGCUGCUGAGGCUCUCCCGGCUCAUCCGCUACAUCCACCAGUGGGAGGAGAUCUUCCAUAUGACCUAUGACCUUGCCAGUGCGGUGGUGAGAAUAUUCAACCUGAUCGGCAUGAUGUUGCUGCUGUGCCACUGGGACGGCUGCCUCCAGUUCCUGGUGCCUCUGCUACAAGACUUCCCUCCGGACUGCUGGGUAUCCCUAAACGGUAUGGUUAACGACUCGUGGGGCAAGCAGUACUCGUACGCCCUCUUCAAGGCCAUGAGCCACAUGCUGUGCAUCGGCUAUGGCGCCCGGGCGCCCGUCAGCAUGUCGGACCUGUGGAUCACCAUGCUCAGCAUGAUCGUGGGCGCCACCUGCUACGCCAUGUUCGUGGGCCACGCCACCGCCCUCAUCCAGUCGCUGGACUCCUCACGCCGGCAGUACCAGGAGAAGUACAAACAAGUGGAGCAGUACAUGUCCUUCCACAAGCUUCCUGCGGACAUGCGCCAGAAGAUCCACGACUACUACGAGCAUCGGUACCAGGGCAAGAUCUUCGACGAGGACAACAUCCUCAGUGAACUCAAUGACCCGCUCAAAGAGGAAAUCGUCAACUUCAACUGCCGUAAGCUGGUGGCCACCAUGCCUCUGUUCGCCAACGCCGACCCCAACUUCGUGACGGGCAUGCUGAGCAAGCUGAAGUUUGAGGUCUUCCAGCCCAACGACUACAUCAUCCGGGAGGGCACGGUGGGCAAGAAGAUGUACUUCAUCCAGCACGGCGUGGCCAGCGUCAUCACCAAGUUCAACAAGGAGAUGAAGCUUACAGACGGCUCCUACUUCGGGGAGAUCUGCCUGCUGACUAAGGGCCGGCGGACGGCGAGUGUCCGUGCCGACACCUACUGCCGCCUCUUCUCUCUGUCCGUGGACCACUUCAACGAGGUGCUGGAGGAGUACCCCAUGAUGCGCCGCGCCUUCGAGACGGUCGCCAUUGACCGACUGGACCGCAUUGGGAAGAAGAACUCACUGCUGCUGCAGAAGUUCCAGAAGGACCUGAACGCCGGCGUGUUCAACACGCAGGAGAACGAGAUAUUGAAGCAGAUAAUCCGGCAGGACAGGGAGAUGGUGAUGAUGGUGGACCGCAAGCACUCGGUCAGCGGGAUGAACUCCACCCCAAUGUCUGGAAACUCCAUCAUUAACUCCCCCGCGCAGCCGCCCUACUCCACCUCCAUAGGCACCAAUCAGCUCCAGCAGUCCGCCUUCCCCCUGACCUACAGCGCCUCCGCUAUCGCCAACGCCUCCGCCGCACGCAUCCUGCCGGCCGCCGCCGCCCAGGGGGUCUUCAUGGCCCCCGGGGUCUCCUUCGGCAACAUGAGCGCAGCCGGCUCCUCCACCUCCAUCUCCCCGGUCGUGGUCAACCUCCCCUCCCUGCAGCAGCAGCAGGGCGCCAUCAUGUCGCCGUGCUCCUUCACCGCUGCCAUGUGCAGCCCACCCGUGCAGACCCCUCUGGCUGGCCGGAGCUUCCAGUACCGCUCGCCCACCGCCUCCCAGCUGUCCCUCAUCCAGCAGAGCCUGCCCCCGGCCCAGCAGCAGCAGCAGCAGCAGCCCCUUCCCCCCCCACAGCAGCAGCAGAUGGCCCAGCCACCAGCGCUGUCGAGCCCUGCCUCCGCCGCCUCCUCCACGCAGCAGUCCCCCGGGCAGCAGCAGCUCCUCUCCUCUCCCCAGAGGGGGGAGCACGUCCUCAAGGGCUCGCCGGCGCUGCAGUCGGUCAGCCUGAGUCGAGACGUGCGCCACCUGUCGGCCUCCCAGCCCUCCCUGCCCCACGACGCCACCCCGAGCCCCAGGGGCCACGCCCCGCCCGGGGACUCCCUGGCGUCCAUAGCGCCCCCGGCGGCGGCGGCGGUGGCGGCGGCGGCGGGAUCAGGGAUCCAGGGGAUCCAGGCGAUCCAGGCGAUCCAGGGGAUCCAGGGGAUCCAGGGGAUGGCUCUGCAGGGGGGUCUGCGCACCACGGUACCCCAGCGGGUCAACUUGUUCCGCCAGAUGUCGUCGGGGGCGCUGCCGCCCGUGCGCUCCGCGGUGGGGGCGGCGUCGGUGGGCGCGGGGCUGGGGGUCCCGGGGGCGGCCGGCGGCGUGCAGCACAGGGAGUCGCCGGGGUCGAGGAGGGAUUCUGUCCUGAGCAGUGCAGAGACCGAGCAGGACAAAAUGCGUUUUUCAUCCAAUUUAUGAUUCGCUUUUGAGGGUUUUUUUCUGGGGUCCUUUUUUCCUUCUUCUUCUUCUCGAACCUGUGUCGCAAUUCACUCUUCUUUUUUUUAAAACACGGAAAUACGCAAAAGAAGAUGUACAUGAGAGACUUUCAGUAUUUUCGGUUUUCCCACUUUCCCCUUGAAAAGAUAACCUCAUAGACACCCUGUACAGACAGCCCUUGUAUUAUAGUUUAGACACACUGUCUCCCUAAACAUAAGAAUGUAUAUUACACAAAUAUAUAUAUAUAAAUAUAUAGAUAUAUCUAUAUUUAUCUAUUUAUCUAUCUAUAUAUGUAUAGAUAUAUCUAUAUUUAUCGAUAUAUCUAUCUAUAUGACUAAAUGUAGAUAGAUAUAAAGAUAUCUGCUAUGAUAACAUAAAUGUGUGUGUGUAAAUCCAACUAGAAUAUUUGGCAAUGGCUAUUUAAAAGCUCUAGUAUAAACAUGAGUCUUCCUUUCCGAGAAUUAUAAAGAAACAUGAAAUGUUAUUGAUUUUUGUUUUGUUUCGCUGUUUGUUUCCCUUAUUUUUAAGUUAACUUUUUUCUAACUGAAUGCAUUGUAGUUUCUGAUGCAAUCUGUAUGAUUUCAGUUUCCUUUUGUACUGAAGAUAUCGGUGAAAAUGAGCAGCUUUGGCACCACUGUGGAUAAUAAGUCAAAAAUACUUUGGGUGGGGGAAAAUACUGUCAAAAGCACACAUUACAGUUUUAUCUCUUCACGUUUCUGAAAAGAAUAACAUAAUUUUUCAGAAAUAAUUCAAGAUACAGUAGCUGAGUUUUAUGUUGCAUUCCGGCAGCAGAAAUACAGCCUACCAAGCUACUAAAUUGUCACAUUAAGUGAAAUACAGACCAUGACAGUGUUAUGGGUCCAAAGGUCAUAGAAUAAUAGAAAUGCUGCUUUAUUCGUUUCUCGUAGAUGAUGAUGAUGAUGAUGAUGAUGAGGGAGAAAGAGAAGGAUAUGGAUGGAUGCUAUUUUUUGUAUUCCUAAUUUCAGACGGCUGAGAUAUAGGUUAUGUAAUGUUGCUUAAAAUCUCUCUGUGUACAUUUAUAAUAUUUAUAAACUAAAGAUUAUUACCAUUAUGCAAUAGACUGUGAUAUAACAAACAAAAAAAAACCUAUAUGUGUGUUGUAAAUAAUUUUGUAGGUCUAGUAUUUACAGAUACUGUGUGGUGCAUUCUCAAUCAUAACAAUGUCUUACUACUAUCAGGAAACUGGACAUUAUCUUUCGGAGGGAGACAGAGGGUGAAUGGACAGCGUACACGUUUCAUUUGAGAUGGACAAACCUUAAUGCAAUAGCUAGCAAUACAACACUGAUGCCUGCUGGGGGAGGGGACAUUUCAAUCUUUCUUUACGGAAUACAUGAUGAAUGUCCUGGUGCAGUAAAAUCAAUUAGACGGCCAUUGUUAAAAUAUCAUUUGAUGAGUUAAUCUUUUCAAAGAAAAGGUAUUUUUAUUUUCAGAUGCUUCUUUUCUCAGAGCCAUUUAAAAAAAAAAAAUUGCAUUCUAUAUUUUUUUAUUUAAGAAUAUUACGCGAAAGGGAGUGGCAGAGGCAAGGAACUUUAUUCCUACUUAUUUGUGAUUCAGUACCCCAAUGUCUCUUGAGUAUUCCCUGUAUUGUGACCUGUCACAGCGCCUCAAGUUUUCCACACGCUAGCGAUUUUCACCCUCUCCUUUUACGUUUUUGAAGAAGUCAGGUUACUGUCUACGUUUUCGCAAGGCGUGCAGGGCACACAUUUUUUUUAAAAAUGUGAUUUUUCACAAUGUGAUUGUCGAAGCAAACUGGAAAAAAAACAAGACAAUGCUGUUUUGCAUUAAGGUUUAUGUCUCAUGUAACUCUCCAAAGUGCGGGCUUAGAUACUUUAAACUGAUGUGAAUCAACUCAUGAAGAAACCUGAGAUUCUGUAAGACAGAGAAGCAUAGCGUAUUUAUAGUCGGAUGAAUCAGUUUCACUGCUAUAUCAAGCUUGGGCAGAAAUAGUGGUAGAUUUGUUCCAAGUUUUUAACAUAAUGAGAGGUAAGAUAUUUACAGUAUGAAUCUGUGACUGCCAUUUUUUAAAUAACUUCAUCAUGACUAAUUACAUCUUUAUCUAUAACUUUAUCUAUAUAUAUAUAUAUAUAUAUAUAUAUAUAUAUAUAUAUAUAUAUAUAUAUAUAUAGAAUGUCUGCUCAACUCUUUGUCAUGAGUAUCUUAAACUAGGUUUUAUGACUGUUUUCAUUUAACAAUUUAUAUUUAGAGCCAUAAAUGAGUGCAAAUACCCAACCAUCCAAUCAGUUUAAAGUGACUAAGCCCUGAGAAACUGUUUUUAAAAGACUACAGGUUAGGCUCGGCAAAAUUUGUGUCAAUAUUAUACCAACGAACAGUCAGCUCACCAAUGUCAUGAAAGCAUGCACAUUCAGAAAUACCUACAAAAAAAAGAUACUAUUUCAAAAAGAUGUUGACGUUAAAUGUAUUGUGAGAUUAUGUUUUGUUCACUGUUCGUCCGUUAUUCGUGUGCAAGCAGAAACAUCAGAAACUAUCACACGGACAUUCUUAAGUAUUUGUGCCUAAACUAUAGCCAUGUUCAAUCCUCUUUUUCUUUUUUUCCAUCCGUGAGUGUGUGUGAGCCAGGUGCAAGACAAACACGCCCCUGCUGGUAUACUCUUUGUGUUCUGUGUGUGCGUCUUCACAUGUUUAGCGAAGAAGGCAUUAGCGAGGAGAGAAUGGCCAAAUGUCUCAGUUCGUCCAAUUGGAAUCUUGAAUUACAAUGUGAAUUUCUAGGUAGGCCUACAGCUUGUUUGUUAGGUUAUUUCUUUCCUUUAAUUCGUUUUCUCCCUCUUAUCAUUCUCAUCUAGGCUCUAUAUUAUACUCAAUGAGGUUAUGUACAGUUAAAAAAGAAAAGAAAAAAAAAGGUGAAAUCUUUCUAGUUCUGCGGUUAUAUCACGCCGAUUGAGACAUUCUAGGACUCUGGAGCACCUUUCUUUCUAGUUCGUCACUGAUGAUUGGCUGGUGUAUUUAACAAGCCAACGGAUGAUUGGCUUGUGUAUUUUAACGCUUGAGUGGGAUAAAACUGGCCAAAGCAAAACAUUCUAAGUACUUUUAUUUUAUUUUUUAUUUUUUAUUUUGAAUUGCACUUUCUAAUGAACUCAAAAGAUGACGAUUAUUUCAAACUUAAGCUUGGGUGUUGGUAUAAGUAGGCAAGUCAUGAAAAGAGAGAGAAAGAGACAGACAGAGAGAAAGAGAGAGAGGCAUCCCCUUUGAAUUGUGCUGCCUUGAUACUAUAUAAGGUUCACAACGUGUGGAGGAGGUUUUAUUUAAAACAGAGCGCUUAAUCCUUAAUAUGCCAUAGUGUAUAGGAACUAGUGCACCAUAGAGAUGGAUAUCAGCACUGUUGGUUUGUGCUGUGUUUUGAUAUUUGCCUUCGAAGGGAGAGCUUCCCAAAUACGUGCUUUUUUUUCAUAAACGCAAACAACAAACUAGCAUCCUGGAACGGGCAUUACGAUGACGAACAAACGCGCACCGAAAAACAGACUAAUAAGAAACACAUUUGCAGUAUAUGGACUCUCAACCAACCAGCACAUAUAUUUGUACAUUUCUUUUGUUUUUUUGGUGUUUUGUUGAUCGAAAAGAAAAAAAAAGAGAUGCAAAAAGAACUGAGAAUAAUGCCAGAGGAAGGAGAACCAAAAUGUGUAUUUUGGUCUUUUCCAUUGCAGCAGUUGCGUUUUUUUUCGUGUUUAUGGAUGACAUGCCCAGUGAAGAGAGAGACGGAAGCUGUAACGAGCUACCUUUUUACCCCGCCUCCCCAGCCUCAGCCCCGCCCACUAACAGUCAUUGUGCUUAUUCAUGUUCUCCAAUGCUUAGCGACAAAAACAAACGAUCGGUUGGUUACUUGACACGGACGAGAAGAAAGGUAAAUGUAAACUUUCUUACAAACAAUAUGCAGACAAACGGUGUUUGUCAAAAACUUUUGAUUUUUUUGUUUUUAUUUUGUUUGUUUGUAAAUAAUAAACCUUUAAAAAUAUAGAAAAUAAACGACAUAUUGUCAUUUA